AAUCCGUAGGAAAUCUUAAUUGGGGCCUGGAAAACCAGACGGAAAUGGUUAAACAAACGGUUAGAUGAAGUAGUCCUUUGGCGAGGCAGGGUUGCGGUCCACCUUGGGGCCUGGAAGUCGUCUGGAACUUCUGCAGUUCGUUUUGUAAAUGCUGGGAAAAAGAGUCGUCUGAAUACUCUCUCUCUCAAGCUGCAGGAUGGACAGUGACGAGAACAACAAGGGAUUGCUGUGGAAACUUCCUGUGGUUAAAUCCAGGCAUCUCGGGAAGCUUGGCCCUGGUUUUGGGUAUGGAGCUGGCUGUGGCGUCGGCCUAGGGAUCGGUCUCCUCGGAGGUGCAGGAUUGGGUUUUGGAAUACCUGGCUUACAGUUUGGGUUUGGAGUUGGUGCUGGAUGUGGGAUUGGCAUAGGCUUUGGCUAUGGUGUUGGAAGAGGCAUUGCUUAUGAUGAAAAUCGUCGAUACACAAAUGUUGGGAAGCUAUUGAACACUCAGAAAGAUUUUCUGGACCAGUAUGUAAUUCAGGAUCAAAUUGGAGCAUUGGUUGAUCAAGUGGUAUUAACCACAAAAAAGCUUGUCGCUGCUAGUUCAAGGGAAAUUGACAAAUGGAGAAGAUGAAUACUUCUAGAGCAAGUCGCUUCAACGUAGCUCUAUCUCGUAGUCGGUAGUGCUGUUUUUAUUGCUUUCACUAAACCUUCUUGGAAGGUAUCUCAAAGACACAUGUAGGCUGCAAACGAUACACAUUGGUCAACAUGAAAUGAUAUCAGUGGUCAUGCGAUAUAAAUAUAUUACUUGAAAGGAAAAGAAUGGUUCAGUACA